GUGGAGCAGGGUAGAAGGACGAGGAAGAGAGAAAGAGACAAGGGUCAUGGCCACGACCAAUGGAACCUUGGAGAACGGGCAGCCAGACAAGAAGAUGCCUCCCUUGCCGCAUCCCAUCAGGAACCUGGAGGUCAAGCACACGAAGAUAUUUAUCAACAAUGAGUGGCAUGAGUCCAAGAGUGGAAAAAAGUUUCCAACCUAUAACCCUUCAACUGUAGAGAAAAUAUGUGACGUUGAAGAAGGAGACAAGCCUGAUAUCGAUAAGGCAGUGGAGGCCGCAAAAGCAGCAUUCCAGAGGGGAUCCCUAUGGAGACAAAUGGAUGCCCUGAGCAGAGGCAGGCUUCUUCACAAACUGGCAGACCUCAUGGAGAGGGACAGGAUCACUUUGGCAACUCUGGAAACCAUGGACACGGGAAAACCUUUCCUUCAUGCCUUCUUCAUUGACUUGGAAGGCUGUAUCAAAACACUCAGAUACUAUGCAGGAUGGGCAGACAAGAUACACGGCAGAACUAUCCCAGCAGAUGAAAAUGUUGUGUGUUUUACCAGGCAUGAACCAAUAGGAGUUUGUGGAGCAAUUAUUCCUUGGAACUUCCCAUUGAUGAUGCUUAUUUGGAAGAUGGCACCAGCCCUGUGCUGUGGGAAUACCAUCGUUAUUAAACCAGCUGAGCAGACACCCCUAACAUCACUUUAUCUUGGAUCUUUGAUCAAAGAGGUGGGAUUCCCUCCAGGAGUAGUGAACAUAGUUCCAGGCUAUGGGCCAACAGCAGGAGCAGCUAUUUCUUCACAUCCUAAGAUCGACAAAAUAGCCUUCACUGGAUCGACAGAGGUUGGAAAGCUCAUCAAAGAAGCUGCUUCUAAAAGUAAUUUAAAAAGAGUAACUCUAGAGCUUGGAGGGAAAAAUCCAUGUAUUGUUUGUGCUGAUGCUGACUUGGAUUUGGCAGUAGAAUGUGCCCAUCAGGGAGUGUUCUUUAACCAAGGCCAGUGCUGCACAGCUGCCUCCCGAGUGUUUGUGGAAGAACAAAUCUACCCUGAAUUUGUCAAGCGGAGCGUGGAAUAUGCCAAGAAGAGACUCGUUGGAGACCCAUUUGAUGUCAAGACUGAACAAGGGCCACAGAUUGAUCAAAAGCAGUUCGACAAAAUUCUGGACCUGAUAGAGAGUGGAAAGAAAGAAGGUGCUAAAUUGGAAUAUGGAGGCUCAGCCAUGGAAGAUAGGGGGCUAUUCAUAAAACCUACAGUGUUUUCAGAAGUUACAGAUAACAUGCGGAUUGCCAAAGAAGAGAUCUUUGGACCAGUACAGCCAAUAAUGAAGUUCAAAAAUAUAGAAGAAGUUAUAAAACGAGCAAAUAGUAUUGAGUAUGGACUCACUGCAGCUGUAUUCACAAAAAAUCUCGAUAAAGCAUUGAAAUUGGCUUCUGCAUUAGAGUCUGGAACAGUCUGGAUCAACUGCUACAAUGCCAUCUAUGCACAGGCACCAUUUGGUGGCUUUAAAAUGUCAGGAAAUGGCAGAGAACUAGGUGAAUAUGCUCUGGCAGAAUACACAGAAGUGAAAACAGUUACUAUUAAACUCAACGAGAAGAACCAUUGAAUGGGAGAUAUCCUUCCUUAAUCAUCUGACGUUCUGAAUGUGGCGGAGAAAUUUUGUAGAACACAGCACUUCUUUAAAAAAACAAACAAACAAACAAACUUUAUUUCUUCUAGGACUUAAAUCUACCAGAUUUUGAAAGAAGUUUUCUCUCAGAGGGCUCCACUAGCCAUAUGUGAAUUUUGUCAUACUUUAUAGUAAUCAAGUUAUCAGCUAUUAUUAGAGUUUUUCCCCUUUAGACCUGGUCAUAGGGACUGUGAAGAAGCUCAGGGCAUUGUUAAAAAAGAAAACAAAAUGGGGUUUCCAAAAACAGUGAUGUCUGACCCGUGCUUGAAAAGCACUUGGUUGAAUUUCUUGUCUCUGUUAAGAACUUGGCAAAAAAAAGAAAAGAAAAGAAAAGAAAAAAAAAAGUCUUCCCUAGACCUAGAGAAGAGAAACCCUAGGAUAUAUAUAUAAUUUAUAGUGAUAGGUCUUGCCAAAGACCUCUUCCUCCACCUCCACCCCCACCCCCACAAAGACCAGCCCACCUGAAUUCUGUGGUUCAUCCUAGUCUUGAUACUAAGUACAACUGGACAUGGCCAUUCAGCCAGAGGACAGGUAGAAUGACAUGAAUUCAUGUAAACUUUAAAUCUACUUUGAUUUGAAGACCAGAAUCCUGUGUCAAGUUCCUUCAUAAAAGGGUGUUAAUAUCAUUAAAGGACAGAAAGAUUAAUUUGGCAGGCAAUUACAGUAUGGUAUGCAUACAUUACUUGGUUUAAAGCUGAUAGAUGUCCCCAAAAUAUCACUCAUUCAGUAGCUCCCAAAACAUACUACAUACAACAUAUAUAUCCUGCCAAGCACUUUCUUUUUGGGAGAAAAAGAGAUUUUUGCACUGUAUUCACCACAAAGAUUUCCUCUAAAAGUCUUGCAGCUCCGUAUAUGUUUAACUUUUAAGCAUAACGUGGGAGAUUUUCACAGUAGUUUCACCAAGGGCCCUGUAUAUCUAUCUCUAGGACAGCAGAGUAAGAACAUUAAUCAAUCAAUCAAUAUUUAUGAAGUGCCUACUAUGUGCCAGGUACUGACUGUGCUAAGCUCUGGGCAACAAUCAAUCAAUAAGCGGUUGUUAUGCAUCUACUAUGUGCUAGGCACUGUGCAAAGCACUAGGCAUUAUUGAGCUACUUAAAGUGAGACCUCUUCCCCCCUCACCCCCAAAUUGCAAUUCUGCAGCAGGUAUUAAUGCUUUGUGGUUAUCCCUAAGACCUUCUUUUGCUCUCCCCCCUCCAGCACUAAUCAUAAAUAUCAAGUCCUGUUUGUUGUUUGUUCUCAAUAGCACUUUAAAGUGCAUUCUUUACAACAAUUCUGUGAAGUAGGCAGAAUAACUAAUAUUAUCCCCAUUUUUCAGGUAAGGGAAUUGAGGCUCACCAAAUUUCAGUGAAUUGCCCACAGUCAUACAGCUAGGAGAGAGCUUGAAUUCAAACCCAGAUUUUCCAAUGUCAAGUCCCAGGACCUUGCCCACUAAGUGGCCAUGCUGCUUAUUGAUCCAUCUUGCUUAGUAAGACAUAUACCACUGGAAAAGAUUGGUAUCACCCAGCCUUACUUUAGAAGUCUGUUAUUCAUAUUAAUUUCUAAUUGAUUCAGCAAAUAACAAUAUGGACUAUGUGGAGGCAAGAGGUCUAUUGCCCCUGAGUGGUUCAGGACUAUUGCUUUUUUAAAAAGUUGUGAAUUUUUCUCUCCUUUUUAUAUAACAAAAACUUAAGACAUUCUAUAAUUCCUAUCUUGGGAAUGUUAUAAAUUUUCCUAUUUGGCACUGAAAUAUCAAAGCUUAUUUUAAAAAAUUAUUAAGGCAUACUUUUAGUAUUACCUAACUGGUAUUUUCUUCCCAGAUGUGAAAAAUGAUGCUUAUAUUUGAGAUUGGAGGAGCAUAAUAAAAUGAAACUUCAAAAAUAAAAAUCAACAUGUGUAAACAGAGAAUCAUGUAUAACAUUCUAUCAUGUAUAAGAUUGCUAUCCUUUUAGAAAAUAAUGCCAUAUGUAACUCACUGUUGUUUUUUUCCUAUCAGUUAAGACUCAACAUAUUGUCUUAUUAUUUUUUUAAAUCAGGGUUUGACUUUACACACUGAACUUUCUGAAUUUUAUCUUACAUAACUUUAGACACUAACUUUAAAAAUAAUCCCUCAGAGGGUUCCUCUUCUUUCAUUGCACAGUUAUGCUUUUCAUAUGAAAUGCUACUUAAAUUGUUUAAAUAUUUAUAAUUAGUAUACAGUUAAUUACCUUAUUUUUAUAGCUGGAAAUGGUAUGUUUAAACUUCUUGUAUAUACUGUAUUUAGAAAUGGAAAUCUAUGUAAUAUUAGGUUUUUGAUUCUUUAAAGAUUUACUUUUCUGUGGCGUGGUUUAAAAAAACCCCACUAUAAUCCUGUGAAUUCUAAUUCCACCACAGAUUAAGUUUAAAGCAAUGCAACAACACUUUUA